GAUAGAGAGAGAGAGAAAAUAGAAGGAAAAUUUAGAGAGGAUGGGUUAUAGUUCUGCAAUUCGGCUAUGUUUAUGCAUCUUCUUUGCACUUUCAAUUGUGUCUUCGGCUCGACUCAGUUUAUCAUUUCCAGAAAAUGAAAAGAUGUUGGUGAGAGGUAGAUCAUUGAUGAUGGUGCACACCAACGACUACGACGAGCCAUCGGCCAACGGUAGACACAACCCACCUGGUGGGAGGCAUGGAGGAGGUAGAAGAGGGGGAAGAGGGGGAAGAUAA